AGCCGCGGAACCGCGCUGACCCGGCGGAGGCUCCGGGAGGGAGGCAGCGGAGCCCGGAAAGGGCCCGGCAGAGCCGGGGCGGUGCGCGGGGGCCGGGCUGCGGCUCCCUCCCCGCCGCGCCUGCUCGGAGCCGGGCUGGGGGGAGCCAUGCCGGGGCCGGGGCCGCGGAUCGGGGCCGUGAUCGCGGUGCUGGCGCUGCUGCUCCCCGGUGCCUGCAGCUCCGCGGCCGCCGGCUGCGAGGUGCCCCCGAGCCACCGCUUCGACUGCGGCCCCGAGCGGCUGCUGGCACGGGCGGGCUGCGAGGCGCGGGGCUGCUGCUACGCCCCCGUCCCCUCCGGUGCCGGCGGGGGUCCGCCCUGGUGCUUCUUCCCCCGCGGCUACCGCAGCUACCGGGCGGAGAACCUGACGACCACCGCCCGCGGCUACUCGGCUCGGCUCCGCCGCGUCGCCCCCAGCUUCCUCCCGGGGGACGUGGGCACCCUGCGGCUGGACGUGGCGCUGGAGACCGAGAGCCGCCUGCGCUUCACGCUCCGGGACCCGGCCCGGCAGCGCUACGAGGUGCCCCUGACCACGCCGAGGGUGAGCACCCGGGCGGCCUCCACGCUCUACGGGGUGCAGGUCCUCGAGGAUCCCUUCGGCCUCGUCGUCUCCCGGUGGCCCGGCGGCCAGGUCCUGCUGAACACCACCGUCGCGCCCCUGUUCUUCGCGGACCAGUUCCUGCAGAUCUCCACCUCCUUGCCCUCCCGUUUCAUCUCGGGGCUGGGGGAGCACCUGGCACCGCUCAUUCUCGACACGGCCUGGACCAAGGUCACCCUCUGGAACCGGGACAUGGCGCCGGUGCCCCAGGUCAACCUGUACGGCUCCCACCCCUUCUACCUGGUGAUAGAGGACGGCGGCUCGGCCCACGGUGUCUUCCUGCUGAACAGCAACGCCAUGGACGUGGUCCUGCAGCCGAGCCCGGCCCUGACGUGGCGCACAACGGGCGGGAUUCUGGACUUCUACGUCUUCCUGGGCCCCGACCCCAAGAGCGUGGUGCGGCAGUACCUGGACGUCGUGGGGUUCCCAUUCAUGCCCCCGUACUGGGGCCUGGGCUUCCACCUCUGCCGCUGGGGCUACUCCUCCACCACCACCACCCGGCAGGCCGCAGCCAACAUGUCGGCCGCACGCUUCCCCCUGGACGUGCAGUGGAACGACCUGGACUACAUGGAUGCUAAGAGGGAUUUCACCUUCAACAAGGAGACCUUUAAGGACUACCCGGACAUGGUGCGGGAUUUCCACCAGCGAGGCCUGCACUACGUGAUGAUCGUGGACCCCGGGAUCAGCAGCUCGGGGCCUCCAGGCACCUACAAGCCCUACGAUGACGGACUGAAGCGAGGGGUGUUCAUCCGAAAUGCCACGGGGCAGCCCCUCAUCGGGAAGGUGUGGCCGGGCCCGACGGCUUUCCCAGACUUCACCAACCCCAAGACGCACGAGUGGUGGCACGACAUGCUGAAGGACUUCCACGACCAGGUGCCCUUCGAUGGCAUGUGGAUUGACAUGAACGAGCCGUCCAACUUCGUGGAGGGCUCCCAGGACGGCUGCCCCGACAACAGCCUGGAGAAGCCCCCGUACGUGCCCGGUGUGUUCGGGGGGCGCCUCCAGGCAGGAACCAUUUGUGCCUCCAGCCAGCAGUUCCUCUCCUCGCACUACAACCUGCACAGCCUGUACGGGCUGACCGAGGCCAUCGCUUCCCACGACGCUCUGCUGAGGAUCCAGGGCAAGCGUCCCUUCGUCAUCUCACGCUCCACCUUCGCUGGGCACGGCCGCUACGCUGGGCACUGGACGGGGGACGUCAAGAGCAACUGGGAGCAGCUGUCCUACUCCGUGCCAGAGGUGCUGCUCUUCAACCUCUUCGGGGUGCCGCUGGUGGGUGCCGACAUCUGCGGGUUUUUGGGCGACACAUCCGAGGAGCUGUGUGUGCGCUGGACCCAGCUGGGCGCCUUCUACCCCUUCAUGAGGAACCACAACGACCACGGCAACCGGCCGCAGGAGCCGUACGCCUUCAGCCCGGCUGCCCAGGAUGCCAUGAGGAAAGCCCUCCGCCUCCGCUACUCCCUCCUGCCCUACCUCUACACCCUCUUCCACCGGGCUCACGCCGCUGGGGAGACGGUGGCGCGGCCGCUCUUCCUCGAGUUCCCCAAAGACCCCAACACCUGGACCGUGGACCGCCAGCUCCUGUGGGGCGGGGGGCUGCUCGUCACGCCGGUGCUGGAGGCAGGACAGACCAAAGUCAGUGGCUACUUCCCAGCCGGGACGUGGUACAGCCUCGCAGGGGACUCGACCAUCCACAGCAAAGGCCAGUGGAUCCUCUUGCCAGCUCCCCUGGACACCAUUAACGUGCACGUCCGAGCAGGGCACAUCCUGCCCCUGCAGGAGCCUGCGUUCAGCACUGCCGAGUCCCGCAAGAAGGGGAUGGCCUUGGUGGUGGCCCUGACGCCGGACGGCUUCGCCCGGGGAGAGCUGUUCUGGGAUGAUGGGGAGAGCUGGCAGAGCUUCGAGAAGGGGGACUACACCGAGACCCUCUUCCUGGCCUCACACGGCGCCGUGCUCAGCCAGAUCCUGCGGACUCGCGGCCACCUUGACGGGAUCCUGCUGGAGGCUGUGACCGUCCUGGGGGUCACCAGCCCUCCCCGGCAGGUCCUGGCCAACGGUGCCCGUGUGGAUGACUUCUCCUACCGCAGUGACACCCAGGUGCUGAGAGUCCCCGUGUCGCUGCCGAUGUGGGAGCAGUUUGUGAUCACUUGGUCCUGAGCUGGUGACCAUCUCCACAAGCAGCUGGUGCUGCUGUGCCCUGUGGCCAGAUCCAUCCAUUUCUUUGGAAAAUCAGCACAGAAUGCGGCUGUGCUGUGAGCUGGGCUGUCCUGCGUGCUGAAAUGCCUUACCUUGAGGUGUAGAAACUGGACUCGCACUGGUCAGCUCAAAAAACCCUUAAGGGAUGGGGAGCAACCCUCAUCUCCUUCAAGACGGGAAAAAAAGACCCAAGUGCCUUGUGAGACAGCAAACCUGUCAGCGUGCCAAACUGGCACCCUGCCGAAAGCCUGUGGGGAUUCUUCUUGUGGUUUUGGGAUGGACACAGGAGAGAUGAGUCCCUUCUGCGCACUGGGCUCUGCUGUUUGGUGUCUGCGGGGGGGUUUCAUACCCAGGGGGUGUGGGUGGGGGGAGCCCCUCGUGGCUGCGCCCCGGGGAAGCCUGGAGCUGCCUCUGUGAGGGCUGGGAGCAGGGCUGGGGGAGAAGUGCUGUGAAUAAAAAGCAGCUUUUUGCUACAAGCA